AUUACCGAGUAUACGCUGGUCCCUGGCCUGACUCUGUUUUAGAAACCCUUCCGUCCGAUCGAACCUGGUGAUUCGUCCGUAUAAACUUGAGCGAGCGUCGUUUACUUCAUCUGGAAGGAGCGGUCGGCCAAGAGAAACGAAGUGUGAGCGCAGGGCGAUCGAUCGGCAUGAGCGUCAGCACUGCGAGCUACCUUGCCCGGCGGGCGGCGCAGAAGGAGCGCGUGAGGAUCCUCUACCGCCGAGCCCUCAGGGACACCCUCAACUGGGCCGUCCACCGCCACCUCUUCUACCAGGAUGCAUCAGACCUAAGAGAAAAAUUUGAGGCCAACAAGCAUGUGGAGGAUCUAAACACCAUUGAUAGGCUUAUUGAUGAGGGAGAAGCAACAUAUGAGAAAUGGCAGCACCCUGAUCCUUACAUCGUUCCUUGGGCUCCUGGUGGCUCCAAAUUCACGCGAAAUCCACCACCACCUUCUGGGAUCGAGAUCGUUUAUGACUAUGGCAAAGAGGACCACUUGAAUUAGAAUCAUGUUUUUGCAAACAAAGCUUAAAAAUUCUGAAAGUUACAGAGACAUCCUUUCCCGUUUCUCAUCUGUUUGGAAUCAAUCAGUCUCAUGAAUAAAAGUGAAACUAUACAUCAGAUGUCGUAUGUUCUUGAUGUUGUGAAAAUUUGCAUCAAGGUUUGGGAAUUCUUUCCAUUUACCAGAGCAACCAGUAUUGAGUUGCA